AUGCAGGCAUUUCAUCGGAAUUUGCGUUCUAAAAAAGAAUUUGAAUGUUUUACAGGUGAUACCAUCCAACAUAAAAAUGUUAGAAUAGCAAAUGCAAACUCGUUUAAUUCAUUAUGCAACGAUACUGUUUCAACCGAUCAUAAUCCAUCAAGUAAUAAAAAUAAACAUUUAACGAUUACAUCUGAAUGCUAUAAUGGCUAUCAUCUUCAUCCUUCGGCUAACAGUAUAACAACAACAACAACAAGUACAUAUGUAAAUACUCGACUGAUACCUUCUAGUGGUUCAACACAUUAUUCACAAAUGCCUGUAGUAUCAACGAAAAAAGAAUUAUUUUUUCCUCCUUCCUCUUUUUCUCUUUCUCAGCUGCCUAAUCAGACAACACAAACAAUAAUAGCAACAUCAUCAUCAUAUCCUCUAAAUGUAAAUGAUACAAGUUCAAUACCACCUUCGUUGUCAUCGUCUACAAAACAACGAAAUAUCGAAGGCCAUGUUUUACCCUAUUCUAUAGGUAAACAAGGACUUAAACGUUCGACAUCAGAUUCAAACAAUAUUCAACCAGUACUAAAACAAGUGCAAAACAAACGAGUAAAAACACUUGACAAUUUAGUUUUGAGUUUUCCAACAAAAUCCAGUCACGAAUCAAUUCAAAUUAUCCACGAAAAUCAUUCAUUUCCCGUCGACGAUAUUUCUCAUAUCAAACUAACACAAUCUUGUCAUAAUAACCGUAGUGAUGAUGAGGAUGAUAACGAUGAUAAGAACAAUGAUGAUCCGGUAAAUAGAACAGCUCGUACCAAACUAACUUUACCGAACGAGUUACUGAAAAAAUCUCAUACACGUAAACGUCAUCGUAGUCCAUCCUUUAGUGAAGGGUUUACAUUACCUACAUAUCCUCCGAUAACUGUAACGAUUGCAUCUACUAACGAAAUAGAAACGUCAGGUUUAUGUCAAAAUUUGUUGACAGUACCGUCGCACAUUUGUGAUGAACAAUGUACGAUGUUAAACGAUGAUAAUGCCGAUAUAGACGAUAUCCAAAUUGAUACAAGAAGUUCAUAUCCACACUAUUUUGUAUCUUAUUUCAUGGAUCUUCUCAAGCCAAGUGAUAAUAAGUUGGCCAUGAAAUUAUUUGGAUCUAAAAAAGGUGUUUUAAAAGAACGUUUGAGACAACAAAGAGCGGGACAUUGUAUUAUUCAUCCAUGCAGUAAUUUUCGUUUUUAUUGGGAUUUGGUAAUGUUAGUAUUACUGAUAACAAAUGUGAUCGUUCUUCCGGUGGCUAUAUCAUUUUUUAGCGAUGAAAUUAAUUCACCAAAAUGGAUUGUAUUUAAUCUUAUUUCUGAUAUGCUUUUUUUAUUUGAUAUUGUUGUCAAUUUUAGAACCGGUAUACUUCAAAAUGAUUUUGUGGAUGAAAUUAUCUUAGAGCCUCGAUUAAUCGCCAAACAUUAUGCUAAAACGUGGUUUGCUAUUGAUUUACUCUCAUCGUUACCUGUCGACUAUAUCUUUUUGUUUAUUGAAACCGGUGAUGGAUCCUAUCAAUUAGCGAGAACAGGACGAGCAAUCAAGGUGCUAAGAUUAGUCAAAUUAUUGAGUCUACUCAGAUUGUUAAGAUUAUCCAGAUUAGUCAGAUAUAUUCAUCAAUGGGAAGAAUUUUUAAGUAUAGCCAGUAUGGUAAUGCGUAUAUUAAAUUUAAUUGCGUUGAUUAUUCUAUUAGCCCAUUGGAAUGGAUGUCUUCAAUUCAUGAUUCCUAUGUUACAGAGUUUUCCCACUGACUGUUGGAUAUCGUUAAACGGUUUACAAGAUUCACCGUGGACAGAACAGUAUACUGUAGCGUUAUUUAAAGCUCUAUCGCAUAUGUUGUGUAUCGGCUAUGGAAGAUAUCCACCCCAAAAUUAUGUUGAUAUGUGGUUAACAAUGUUAAGUAUGGUGACUGGUGCUAUGUGUUAUGCAGUUACCAUCGGGCAUGUAUCAGCUCUUGUACAAAGUUUUGAUACAUCGAGAAGACACUAUAAUGAAAAAUAUAAACAAGUUGAAGAGUACAUGGCAUGGCGUAAAUUGCCACGUGAGAUGCGUAAUCGUAUAUCUGACUAUUAUGAACAUCGUUAUCAAGGAAAAAUAUUUGAUGAAGAGUCCAUUCUAGUCGAAUUAUCAGAAAGACUGAGACUGGAUGUUGUCAAUUACAAUUGUCGUUCAUUGGUAUCUUCUGUACCAUUUUUUGCCACCGCCGAUCCUCAUUUUGUAUCAGAUGUAGUUACUAAACUUCGUUUCGAAGUUUAUCAACCCGGUGAUUUGAUUAUAGUGGAAGGAACCAUCGGAGACAAAAUGUAUUUUAUUCAAGAGGGUAUAGUCGACAUUAUUAAAUCAGAUGGCGAAGUACUCACAACACUCUCCGAUGGAUCGUAUUUUGGCGAGAUUUGUUUAUUAACUCGAGCAAAACGUGUUGCAAGUGUACGUUGUGUAAGUUAUUGCAAUUUAUAUUCAUUGCAUGCCGAUCAAUUCAAUGCUGUAUUAGAACUGUAUCCGUUAAUGCGUCGUACAAUGGAAUCUGUGGCUGCUGAACGUUUGAAUAAACUUGGGAAAAAUCCCUCAAUGAUAUCAAGUAGACACGAUUUGAAACGAGACGCCGAGGCGAUUAAAGAUAUUAUUUCAAAAGCAACGCCAAAUCCAUCCGAAUCAUCGGAAUCAGACGAUUCCAAUAACACUCACGAUCAUCAUUAUCAUCGCAGUAGCCAUACAUUGUCAAUGUAUCACUUCAUUAACGAUCGUCGUCAUUCGCACGACUCAAGGAAAAUUUCUAACAAUAAAAAACAGCAUCGAAGUGUUCUGUUUUUACCCACACAAAAAACCAUGAAAAAAUCACCGUCUACACCGUGGGGUCUUUUCAGUAAAGGUAUACAUCCGGAAUCAAUGACUACUACCACCCCACGUGAAGCCGGUUUUUGA